AGGGGGUAGGUGGAGCAAUUUCAUUUUAGCCCAGAACCUUUAGCUUGCCUUUGCCAGGAGGUUCAGACUUGGCUUUCAACAAGAUAAAGAGCCAAGCAUACUUCCAAAUGAACACACAAAUGCUUCAAGAAACUCAAAAUCAGUGUUUUACAAUGAGCUUAAAAUGUCCUCCAUGGUGCCAUGGACCAGGACCCCUCGGUCUGCAGCAUUACAGGAAGAUUUCAGGUUAGACAUUACGGGAAGAGUCUCGGUGCUGUUAUUGUCUCUGGGGCAGACAUCCGUUAACAUUGUGACCCCUUCCCUGGAGAGAACAGCAUUACAAUUCUGAAAACAGUUUUUGUAAAUAAUAAUUCACUACUUAAAGCAUGUACCCGAGCUCCUGCUGCGCAGUAACUAAAACUGUCUGCAACUCACGUGUUACUUCAUUCUUUAGUUCCUUCUCUUAAGUGCAGAGCCUCUGUCAGAUUGUGUGAUUGAUAAAGAAAAGCACAUAAAUGACAAAAUACCAGUUUGAGUGCCUAGUGGUCUAAUGAGGAAAUGCUCUUUGGAAGCUCAAUAUAUGCACUUAUCCGUUUGCAUUUUGAUUUGGCUGUUAGUGCUGGGGAUGUCCUUAAGGUGGUGUGCUGCUUUUGGCAGAUUUAGUCAUUCUCUUUAGUCACAUGAGCACUAAUGGUUUUUCUAAAUUUUUAUGUAGUUUAUUUUGGAUACAGGCAGAGGAAGCUCAGCGAAAGCUUAAGAGACAGAAUGGAGAGGACCCAGCCCUGCCUCCAUUCUGCCCACUGUUUGCCAGCUUGGGAAACAUUCUGCAGUGUGACGUGCUGCUUGGCAUGCUGGGAGCUGUGCUGCAGUGGGCUAUGGAGCCCAGUGGAGGACACUGGUCUGAGUCCAUGCUGCAGAGGGUGCUGCACUUGAUAGGCAUGGCUCUGCUGGAGGAGCAGCAACAGCUAGAGAACAUUGGGGAUGACGAUGAAGUUACUUUCAACUUCACCCUCAAAAUCUCCCAUGGUGGUUAGCAUUAAAACGAAACGUGAGUGCACAGCUGCUGCACCUCCCUGUGAAGGAACAGGGCACUGUCACAAGGAGGUCAGACUUUGAGCAACUUUCUAUUCCACUGACAUAUUAACCAUUACCCUUUAAAGUGUUGAAGAGCUUAAAUCUACGUGUGUGUGUGUGUGUGUGUGUGUGUGUGUGUGUUGCAGACUGUGUGGGACAAAGACAAAGCAUAGAGAAAAAGGAAAGCUGAACUGUGCUGGAAAAAGACCAUGGCUCAAACAUUAGAGAGCCAGAGUCAUUUUAUCAAUAAGUACAUAGAUCUGCUCACGCAGGAUUCAGAGGAUCUGGACGCCUCAGCCUCUACAUCAGCAGAGCAUAGGUACCUAAGCAUGCUCGUAGUGACACAGUGUUCUUAAUAAGUCAACUUGUAUUGUAUUCUCAAUAUCCAGUCAGUACAUUUAUGUCAGUAAAUGCAUGCAUCAACAGCUCCUUAACUUUGCUGAGCAGUUGUCUGUUCUUUGUCCUAAAAGUUCUUGCAUAUAAUGGUGGUCUUCACAUAACAUAAGUAAAUUCCCAUCCUUAAACUCUUUAUCUUGCAUAUUCAUUUCGAGCAUUUUCUGUUGGGGUAAAUGAGUAGAGAGGAUCCUAGGCCAUUUUUUAGCAAUUUCCUGCCCCAGUUCAUGUGACGGUGCUCUGGUGUGUGUGGGACCUCGUCGUUGGCGUGCCAGAGGAGGAGAGAGGAGGCAGAUGGAG